AUUCUUGAUUCUCAUUCAUCUGAGGAGACUGCAGUUUUAAGCACAGCGUUCUUGUAGCUGACGCUGCACAAUCAGCAGAGUCUUUCUCAGACAGAGCCAAAGAUCACUGCUAUUUCCCAUGAAACAGGGAUACAUGAGGCCAUUUCCAAGGAUUGUUUCUGGCUGGGUCUUUAACAUGUGGAAGAUGCCAUUCCUCUUGCGUGACUGGCAAUAUAUUUGCCUGGACAAUAACUGGCAGCCGUAAAUUUUAAUUCAGGCCAGGAGACUGGCAACAGCAAUGAAUGUGCAUGCCUCAUUCAUUAGUGUAAUAUAGGGGCUGUUGCUCUGGUGAUCGCAGUAAUGUUGUUUUCUUGGAGUACUUAGAGAAAAUGCAAUAGACAGAAAUGGAUUUUAGCACUUCGUCAGUGUUUGAUCAACGUAAAGGUGAUACAGCUGAAGAAAUUGACCUGACUCUGGUAUACCAAGCAGCAGCCAACGGGGACGUUAAUACCUUGACUGCUGUCAUUCGUGAAGAUCCUUCAAUACUAGAAUGCUGCGAUAGUGAGGGCUGUACACCACUGAUGCAUUCUGUCUCAGGACGCCAAUUGGACACAGUGAAACUGUUGCUGAAGAUGGGAGCAAACAUCAACACCCAAGAUGCCUGCGGACGCACCAGUCUUUCUUUGGCCACUUACCUGGGGUGGCUCGAGGGUUGUGUCACCUUGUUGAGAAAUGGUGCCAAACAGAACAUCCCUGACAAAAAUGGAAGACUGCCACUACAUGCUGCUACUGCCGAUCCCAAUGUCAGGCUUUUAUCUGUGCUGCUACAGCAAUCUGAUCUGAGUGAAAUUAACCAUCAGGAUGCCGAGGGAAUGACAUCACUUCAUUGGGCUGCAUUCCAUAAUCGACCCCAACAUGUUCAAAUACUGCUUCAAAAAGGAGCCGAUCCAACACUGGUGGACAAAGAUUUUAAAACAGCUCUUCACUGGGCAGUACAGAGUGGAAACCGGUUCCUGUGUUCCAUCAUCCUGAGCCACCACCAAGGCCCAUUGAUAAUCAACUAUGAUGAUGAGAAUGGGAAGACUUGCCUUCACAUUGCUGCGGCUGCAGGAUACAGUGACAUUAUCAGUGAGCUGGCUAAAGUCCCAGAAUGCAGCUUACAAGCCCUUGACGUAGAUGACAGGACACCUUUACACUGGGCUGCAGCAGCAGGGAAAGCUGACUGUGUCAGGGUCUUGCUACAGCUGGGGGUAGAGAGCAGCCCAAGGGAUAUCAAUGAGAACACCCCCCUGAUAUAUGCAAUGUACUGUGGGCACACAGCAUGCAUUAAACUGCUCUCCCAAGAGAACAGACUAGAGCUAGUUCAUCAACUUUCCUCCCAGAACAAUAAAUUCUCGAAGAAAGAAAGUCGAUUCAGUAUGCUUAACCAAAUUUUCUCAUGCAAAAAGAAAAAGGACAAUUGGAAGGCAAAUCAGAAAGAUAAAACCAGAGACAAAUCUCAGAGGGAAGAGACCUCAGAAGUUGAUGAUAUCAUCACCACGUUUGAUUGCAUCAUGGAUGCAAACUGCAAAGGCUCGUCUGAGGAGUGUGUCAUGGCUAUAGACUUCAAACGAAGAAGCACAGACACGAAGUACCUCAUCUCAGAAAAUAACUCAUUGGACUGCCAUAGCCUUCCACCAAUAAGAACUCAAAGCCUCCCACCCAUUACUGUGAGUCAUCCUUUUUUAACAUCUUCUACGACAGCAUCUAGCAUGAAUUUGGGUACUGAUGCCCGCCAUUUUGCACAUUGCUCUCAAAAAAGCAGAAGCGAACAUGAUUUGUCAGAUCAAAGGAACAACCGACAAACUUUGGACAACCCUUGGAAAAUUGACACUAACCAAAUACUAACAUGUAAAAUCUGGACAACAAUGCCUUCUGAUAAUAAACUGGUAGAUGGAUUAUUUCCGGAAAGAUCCAGCCAUGUUCUGUUGUGCCCUCCCUAUCUCCCACACCUGCCUAACUCUCCAUCAGGGAAACUCUUUCAACAGGCAACCCUAGAGCAGCCCAAAGUAAAAGACCUUACAUCUGUGCGGAAGACCUUGGCUCCUUUGUUAAACCACUGUGUUCAGAAAGCCCCGUUACCACUUGGCCAAGUUUCUCAAGGUGGCAAGGAGUCAAAGUUCUUGUCUUUAAAUUCCUUGAGGACUAGCAACUUGGUUCUCCCACCAGCAUUUACUACAAAAUCCCAGAAAGCUGGGCUUCCUCAGAAUCACUUACUGCACUCCUUACCUGUUCUAUCACAAGAGCCUCUCCGAACAUGCAGAGUCCUGCCUUCCAUUCCAAAGCAGAAGAGAACCAGCCUCGGAGGAGGAGAAGCACUCAGCCAAUUUCACUGCACAUCAAAUAAGGACAAUUAGCUCAUGAGUUCUGGGUGGCUCCAGGAAAUGGGCAUAUUAUUUUAUUUU